AUGCAUGGAUUAAAGGCACGUAGCAGCACACCUGGCUGUGUCCUGCAUGCAAGCAGUCGUACUGGAGAGAAACCUUCUAAAUGCACUGUAUGUGGUAAAGUCUUCUCCUAUACCACUGAUCUCAUAAGGCAUAAAAGAGUACACACUGGAGAGAAGCCUUUCAAAUGUAAUCAAUGUGGUAAAGUGUUUGCACAAAAGAGUCAUCUCAUAAGCCAUAGAAGAACACAUACUGGAGAGAAACCUUAUGAAUGUAACCAGUGUGGUAAAGCCUUUGCAAAAAACAGUACUCUCUUAAACCAUAAAAGAACACACACUGGAGAGAAACCUUAUGAAUGUAACCAGUGUGGUAAAGCCUUUGCAGAAAACAGUACUCUCUUAAGACAUAAAAGAACACACACUGGAGAG